AUGACUCUUCCUCCUUCAAAACGUCCUUCCCACCGGACACUUUCGCCGCCGCCGCCGCAAGUAGCGUCGCCGACCUCCGCCUCUCCUGAUGCAGAUUCCUCCCGUUGUCCUCCGCCUAUCCUGAAGGGAAUUGGGUCUACGGAUGGCAUCAGGUCAAGAUGGCUGGCAUAUGGACACCGGGGCUACAUCGCACGUUCACGCCAACGCAGGUAUUCUCAAGUCUCCGGGGCUACAUCGCACGUUCACGCCAACGCAGGAUCUUCAAACCAAACAAACUCUCAUGCGAUGUGAAAGCAAUAGUGAUCUUUACCCUGUCACUACUCCAACAACUCAAGCUCUACUUUCCGUUUCUCCGUCUCUGUGGCAUCAACGUCUUGGUCACCCGGUUAUCAUGUCUUUAAACACUUAGUUCACAAUAAAUCUAUUUCUUGUUCUUCCAAUAAACACUAUAGUUUAUGUCAUGCAUGUCAAUUAGGCAAACAUGUUAAAUUGCCUUUUAGCUUAUCUUCUUCACUUCUUUGUCUCCCUUUGAACUUGUGCAUUAUGAUGUGUGGACAUCUCCUAUUGAAAGUACUAGUGGCAU